AUUAUUAUUAUGUCCAUAGUAGUAAGAAUAACUCUACUCAGUGCUGUUGACAAGUGUGCAGGUUCUAAUUAUGGCGAGCCACACACUCUGCAAAUGGAACACAGUCUAACUGCACAAUUUUAAGGAAUGUUUAACUGUUCAGUAUUUCAGCUUUUUGAUUGUAUAACCUUUGUAAAUAAUGAUGAUACACUGAAAUGUGUGUCUAUUUUGCAUGUUCAUUGGGGUCACUUUCACCUUGAAACACCAUUCAAAUACUGCAGUCCAGACACUCAAUACAGAGAGGCUGUCUGUAACCCUGCUCUGAACUUUAUGUUGCCACAGGGGCUUCACAAGAUUCAAAAUGGCAUUGCUUUGGAAAAUCUCUUGCGUUGAUCGUUGAUGGUUGAUGGGAGAGGCCCCCCGCUCCCCUGUGCUAUACACGUCUCACCACUCCCCUGUGCUGUACACACUCCUGCUCCUCUGUGCUAUACAUGUCUCACCGCUCUCCUGUGCUGUACACACUCCUGCUCCCCUGUGCUAUACAUGUCUCACCGCUCUCCUGUGCUGUACACACUCCUGCUCCCCUGUGCUAUACACGUCUCACCGCUCUCCUGUGCUGUACACACUCCUGCUCCCCUGUGCUAUACACGUCUCACCGCUCCCCUGUGCUAUACACGUCUCACCACUCCCCUGUGCUGUACACGUCUCACCGCUCUCCUGUGCUGUACACACUCCUGCUCCCCUGUGCUAUACACGUCUCACCGCUCCCCUGUGCUGUACACACUCCUGCUCCCCUGUGCUAUACACGUCUCACCGCUCUCCUGUGCUGUACACACUCCUGCUCCCCUGUGCUAUACACGUCUCACCACUCCCCUGUGCUGUACACACUCCUGCUCCUCUGUGCUAUACACGUCUCACCGCUCUCCUGUGCUGUACACACUCCUGCUCCCCUGUGCUAUACACGUCUCACCGCUCCCCUGUGCUGUACACACUCCUGCUCCCCUGUGCUAUACACGUCUCACCGCUCCCCUGUGCUGUACACACUCCUGCUCCUCUGUGCUAUACACGUCUCACCGCUCUCCUGUGCUGUACACACUCCUGCUCCCCUGUGCUAUACACGUCUCACCGCUCUCCUGUGCUGUACACACUCCUGCUCCCCUGUGCUAUACAUGUCUCACCACUCUCCUGUGCUGUACACACUCCUGCUCCCCUGUGCUAUACACGUCUCACCGCUCUCCUGUGCUGUACACACUCCUGCUCCCCUGUGCUAUACACGUCUCACCGCUCCCCUGUGCUGUACACACUCCUGCUCCUCUGUGCUAUACACGUCUCACCGCUCUCCUGUGCUGUACACACUCCUGCUCCCCUGUGCUAUACACGUCUCACCGCUCCCCUGUGCUGUACACACUCCUGCUCCUCUGUGCUAUACACGUCUCACCACUCUCCUGUGCUGUACCCCCCCCCACUCCCCUGUGUUAUACACGCCUCACCACUCCCUUGUGUUAUACCAGCAUCACCACUCCCUUGUGCUGUACAUGCCUCUCGCUCCCAUGUGCUGGACACAACUCUCCUGUAUAUGUCUUGUAUGAUCCUCUCCUGCUGUUUUGUGCUCAGAUCACUACACUAAUGUCUUCUUUAACCUGGUUUGAAGCCUGUUAAUUUUGUGAGAGACGUUUCAUUUACUGACUCAAUCACCACAGUUGCAGAGGGAGAGCUGCAGGAUUGAGUAGUGGAGCUGCUGCUCAGUGAUUUAGACCAAUGGUGCACAACGUGGGGGGACACGACUACGACUAGAGGCAGUUCAAUAAAAUUAUUAUUUUUUUUAAGGAUAGAAAAUUUUAAGUAAGUACAUAAAUAACAGGUAAUUAGUCCAAGUUAUUACCUUUAAAUUGAGCCGUUGACGAUCACUCUAGGAUUUGUAGAACCGGAGUGGUGAGUGUCAGUGAAACUGCAAAGAACAGAGCUGAAAUUGCAGCUUCCAUGUAUUUAUAUUUUAAUAGUGUUUUUCCCAGAUUUAAUGUAAAUCUUUUUUUUUGUUUUCUGGAUUUAAGAAAGUUCUGAUUUAGUUUAAUACAUAAAUGUUAACAAACACAUUGUUAAAGGUUUUGAAAUGUGUACAUUUUGUGGCAUUGUAAUGUGCAGGGGAGGCGGGGAAGCAGACAUUGACUCUGAGUGUAACAGCAGCUCUGCAGCACACAAUGCCAAGUCAAGCACUUCAAUGGGCUCAUAUACUUCAGAUUUAGCUGGCAAAAUAAAUAUUUAUUUUGUGAAAACCCAGAUUUAUUUUUUCAGAUUUAAUUG